AUGUUCCGACGCGACGCCGACGAUGCGCCGUUCACGAUCGACGACGAAGAUCCCGAUCCUCGACGAGACGAAUCCCGCGACGAUGACGGCGAUAACGACCGACGGGCGCUGUUAGCGUCCCUAGGACCGGACGCCCCGCCCGCGCACGCGGUGAGCGCGUACGAGACCCCGCGAGACGUGGAGAUCGGGCCCGGGGUGGACGCGGAUGAGAGCGAUCUGGUGGAUGACAUUUUCGAUAGCUCGGAGGAGGCUCGAGCGAACGCGAACUCGAGCAACGUGUUCUGUAAGUGUAAUCUUGCGAGCUCGAUCAUGCUCAUCUCGAGCAUGUCGUUAUUGGUGUACUCCAUGGUGAACCCAGCGGCGCGGGACGCGAUCACGAGGUUCGCGUUGACGUCGCAGACGGAGCGACACCAAUUUGACAACAUCAAGCGGGACCCGAAGACGGGACGCCCGACGGUGGAGCUCAUGGAGGGCGAGGACGAGGAGCAAGAGGAAGACGCAAAGAUGGGGAACUGGUGGCGUAUUGAAUCCCUCAAGGGAAGUGAAUCGCCGAGCAAAGAUCACAACCAGUGGGACCUGAGCGGGUUGGUUUUGUACUCUGAUUACGAGUGCACGAAGACGCUCACGCCGCAAGCGUUCGAUGCAAAGGUCGAUUUCCAGAGUGAGAGCGCGACGCACAAGUGGCAGAAGCGAACGGAAAAGGGAUGGGGUCUGCUGGAGGGUCAAGAAGGACGGUUCAUUCACGAGCCUCUCAUCGGUGGUUCGCGGAUUUCGCUCCGCCUCCUGGAGACUCCAAAGUGUUUGAAGAUUGGCACGUGUUACGAAACGCCCAAGCACCGCCGCGCGCUCUUGCAAUCGAGCGAUGAGGCCGAUGCCCUGGCUGCCGCGACUGAGGAGAACUCCGUGUGCCGUGAUACCAACUUCCCAAGCACGCUUGGGCUGUAUCGCCACGACAAGAGUACGGAGGAGUGGAGUCGAAUGUUGCAGUUCACGGGCACGGGCAAGAGCGACGGCGUUCUCGACCUCAAGGGCGCCAAGCACAGCGUGCGCACGUUCAACUUCAAGAAUGCCGAAUUCACAAACGAUGGUCAAAAAUACUUCCCAAAGGAUUCCCCGUAG